UUCAACUUGGCACUGAAGACGCUUAACAGACGCUUUUAGUGACAAAUAAAGGAACUAAUCCAGCGUAGUGUCGCUCUCUCAGAGUGUUUGGAGUCGUACAUUGUGAUUUAUCAGUUUUUUCUGCAACGCUUUAUUGGCCAGGAAGUUUAUUUCCCUAGAAGUUAGAUUUCUCAGGGGAUGAAUAAUUUAGAUUGAUUUUCAGAGUAUAUUUUGUAAUUUCACAUUCCUUAUUUCUCAGAGAAGAUGCUUUGUUCAGACACACUGGACGUACAAUUUAGUGGUCGUCGUAUAAAUGGAAUAUAUUAGUUAAGCGUAAAUGACACGGGAACUUCUGAAAAAAAAUUGAAAGAUAAUACAAGAAAUGAAUCUGACUGGAAAUUUGGACAAUGAAUCUACAACAGAGAGCAAAACUAACAUCUUGGAUUUGGAGGAUGCUAAGUUGCAGACGACAAAUGUGGUGGUCAUGGCUAUUACCUUGGUUGUGAUUUUCUUCAUUAGUUUCGCGGGAAACGUAUUUGUUUUUCUAAUUUUCUAUAAAAAGCCUGCCUUGGUGACUAUUUCAAAUAAAUUUAUUCUUAAUUUAUCAGUUUGUAAUGUUUUAGAAACUUUGUUUGUCAUGCCGUUUGUUUUUGCGGCUCUUGUUACACAAGAUUGGCAGUUUGGAAGAUUUUGGUGCCAAACGACUGGAUUUUUAAUGAACGCUAUUUUCGCAGCUAGCACAUUAACACUAGUUAUUAUAGCUAUAGACCGUUAUUGUGCUGUUGUUAGACCAUUGCACUACUCGAUGCACAUGACUAGCAGACGAUGUUCAUCCAUGAUCGCUUCUGUUUGGUUUUUGGCGGUUUGUUGUUCAAUUCCACCAUUACUUGGAUGGAACCGGUAUGAAUAUCAAAGAAACAAAUUGGCGUGUACUGCCGUAUCAACCAGUAGAAACUCUAACGAUAUGACAUUUACUAUUUUCCUUGUGACUUUGUGCUUCGUAUUGCCAUUGUUUAUAAUUUUGUGGGCAUACUGUGUAAUCUUCAAAGCCGCUAAGACGAAUAGCGAAAAGGUUCGUAAGAACAGCAUGCCUCCAAAUGCAUUAGAGGACCAGAUUUCCCAAACACCCCUGCGUAAUAAUCGUCGGAUGAGUGCGGUACCAAUUCUCGUGCACCGCCUAAGUAUCUCAAGCCGCUCCAGCUCCGUCCUCUGGCGUCGGGAUGAGUGGAAAACUGCAGUUACCAGUUGCAUGGUUGUAUUCACGUUCAUUAUUUGUUGGUUACUAUAUUUCAUCAUAAUCAUCCUUGAAUGCCUUAUUGAUGACCCAAGAAAAAUCAAACCUGUCAUCAAAACUAUAUCAAUUUUGUUAGCGAUGUCAAGUUGUGCCCUAAAUCCACUAGUUUAUGUGUUCAGGUCGAAGAUUCAGAGAGUUGAACUUAAAGGAAUUUUAGGUUUACAGAUAAAGCGAGAAGUAUCUUGUAAUGGAAAUGCAAACCAAUCACGACGUGCUAGUCUUUGUAAAACUAUUCGUGAUUCCCCGUGCAUUUCACGUCAAGGAAGUGAGGAAUCAGAUAUUAUUAUUACAAAACUACAUCACGUGACAACUGCAACGACCUUGACCUCCAUGAUUGUCACAGAAGAGCCUGAAUACCAUGAUAACGCUCGAACUUGAUAAAAAAAACGAUUAUUUAGAUAUUGCAACGGCAACCAGAGUGCUUGUGUCAUUAAUUUUCAGGUCGAGAUUUUUUGUUUCUCAGUAUUUUAAUUGUUUGUUGAGUAUAAUGAUAGUUGUUGUUUUAAUACGUUUUACGAAGAAAUGCAUAAAAGUAUUAGAAAUAUAUUUUAGAUUUUUUAGAUACGAAUACGAUUAAUUUGCAGACAAUACAACUAUAACAUUUGUACAAAUAUUAAAAUAAACAUGUUAUGUACAUAGAUGCAAUUUAGCUUCACACUAAAGGUUAAAGUUUUGCUUCCUGCAUUUCAGGUUAAAUGUAGUAGUCCAAAAGUAAAAUAAGUUUGAAUUUUUCCAACAGUAAAAGUCUAUUUGUAUUUUUUGUUCAAUAAUUGUAAUAAAACAAAACAACAGCAAAACAUGAGAUCGAAGGCCAGUAAACAUUUAAUUCCAAAGUGCACUCAGAGGAAAUUACACUUAAUCGCCUCAAGAGAGUUGUUCACGUAAAUAAUAAGAACUGUUCUUGAUAUAAUAUCCUCUUAUUCUCAAUCAAUACCAACUGUGCAAAUAUGUGAGUUCAGACAGUCUGUUUCAAAAGGACAUUUCAAACCGGCGUAAUAUUCUAUCUAAACGGAAGUUUUACAAUUUGUUUAUAUUAUUUGUUGUAUUUCAUCCAUAAGCAAGGAUCCCUACUUUAUCACAUAGAUCAAUUCGAAUGUACAUUUUGGUUUUGUGCUGUUUCUAGUAAAGACAGAUGUAUUUCAUUUUAUUCAUUAUGUUUUUCAUACAACUUCCUUUUCAAUUUGUAUACAUAUUUUUCGUAUUGAUAGUAUCAUUUUGUUUUUCAUAACGCAGACGAUAUUCUUUAACCUUCAAACUCGUCAUUUCAUGGACACUUUUCCUACUUUCUUUAUAUGUUCCUUUUUCAUAAGAUACGCCAUUUUGAAUGAAAUGUGUGUAUUUAGAUACAAAACAUAUCCCCAUCAGAAAAAACACUUUAUUUAAAUUCGAAAUAAUACUCCGUGUACAUGUAUAAUGAUUUGAAUAAAAUCAUAAAUAAUCAUACAAUUUUCACCUAUCGUCGAUUGUUCUUUUCUCUUUUAUUUCAUUAUAAGCAACAUAUCUACGUAAGAGUGUAGGAAGAAAAUAAACGAUGUUCCUUUUUCUGAAUUUAGUACAUAUUUAAGCCAUAGUAGCUGUAAAGUUCAAAUUUUGUUUUUCAAAUGAGCUGUUCUUAUACUUAUUAUAUGUAGAAAUGCGUCAAAAUAUAUCAAGCUCUAAUCUUUAAUCUAAGGUCAGUAAAACAGCUGAUUUUACAAAUGUAAUGGGAUAAAAUUGUAUUUGUCUGAAUAUUUUAAGAUUCAACAACCAAUAUAAAGAAAUCAACGAAAAGUAUUUGAAUUAUUUUUACAUAAUUACACAUUUCACCGUAAUCAUUCAUAUGGUAACAAAGGUCAAAUUAUGUGGUAACAUAUUUUGGAUUAAUUAUUUACGGUCCUUAAGGUUAACAGCAACUAUCAACUCAAUAAAUGCAACGUUCAGCUCAAUGUAGGAGGGACACAAUUAACCAUGAUACCUACACAUGGUAAAUUCUAUUGGAAAUUGCAUCAAUUAUUCAAAGAUCUUGGUUCACGUAAAUACCAAGUACUAUAUGCCUAAUUGUACUAAUACUUUGACAUUGGCCGGUCAUAUGGGAUGAGCAAUGCAGUCUUUUACCUUGGGUCAUAAGGAGGUCAAGACCAACUGUUACAGUCACUUAUGUUAUGUUAUGUAACCCCUCUUACUAGAAAUUAUAUUUGUUAGUAAACAUUAAUAUCAGACAAUUUGGUUUCUCUCUAACUUAUACAUGUAAUUUGUCUUGAUAGAAGCAAGAGUUCCCCUCAAAGACAAAUUAAUCGUAAUAAGAUUCUCAACAAAGGCAAAUUUACUGUCAUACUCACAAGCAUAGAUUUACUUUCAUUACUGGCCAUUUUAUGUUUUUCUUUCAUUUGUUUCUUUUUUUAUACAGUUUGUUUACAAAGACAAUCAAUUACAUCUUUAUGUGAUAAUUACGAUUUUUGAACGGGUUUAUUUCAUUGAUUCUGAAUUAGUCUGUCAUUGCAAUGGUUCUUUAUUACAUUCAUUUGUUUUCAAUAUUCACGCCAUUUCCCUAGGACUUGAGAUGUAUAAGAUACUGAAAUUGUCAUUAAGAGCUUAUUUAGAUGGAAUGCGAAUAUUAGAAUUGAAUGAUGCAAUGGAUAAAUGUAUUUCGUUUACCUUUACAGCUAUUUCUUAACUUUUAACAGUAUUUCUACAUUCACACCCAUUUCGUGUGGGGGUUUCGGUUAUUCAAGUAGCCAUUGUCAUUUGGUUGAUUAGUAUGUGUUCUUUGUAAACACUGUAAUGAGAACUGUUUAAAUAUUACUUUACAUGCUACAACAAGGAAAUUGAUUUCCGCAACAGGUACAUUAAAAGUGAUGGGAUUUAUUUCGUUCUAUUGACUUUUAUAAUGGUGACCUAGACGCUAUUGAUUACAUAGGAAUGGUAACAUGCUGGUCAUGUUUCGAAUUAAUUCAAUUAAUUUCAAUACAAACGAAGAAAUGAAUACGUUAUGAUAAAAUAAUACAUUUGUAUUAUUAAUAAGAUGAAUAUCAUAUGAGCCGUGCCAUGGGAAAACCAACACAGUGGCUUUGUGACCAGCAUGGAUCCAGACCAGCCUGCGAAUCCGCGCAGUCUGGUCAGGAUCCAUGCUGUUCGCUAACAGUUUCUCCAAUUCCAAUAGGCUUUAAAAGCGAACAGCAUGGAGCCUGACCAGACUGCGCGGACGCGCAGGCUGGUCUGGAUCCAUGCUGGUCGCAAACCCACUAUGUUGGUUUUCCCAUAGCACGGCUCAAUUAUUAAGAUGGAAAAACGUACAUA